CCUCAAUUUAACCUGCUCCUGUAGCGACGUUACACCGGCUGGGAUUAGCUAACGUUAGGUUAGCCGAAACAAGUGUCUGAAAUCCGCCCUGUCCUUAAAAUGUCUAACCCAAUACCGUCUGACAAGCCUUCAAACCCCGAAAACCCUCGUGUCUUCUUCGAUGUAGACAUUGGCGGUGAAAAAGCUGGCCGGAUAGUUCUGGAGCUGUUUGCUGACAUCGCCCCCAAAACUGCUGAAAACUUCCGGGCGCUCUGCACCGGAGAGAAAGGCACCGGCAAAUCCACUGGGAAACCGCUGCACUUCAAAGGAUGCCCGUUCCACAGAAUCAUCAAGAAGUUUAUGAUCCAAGGAGGUGACUUCUCCAACCAUAAUGGCACCGGGGGGGAGAGCAUCUAUGGGGAGAAGUUUGAGGAUGAGAACUUCCACUACAAGCAUGACAAAGUGGGUCUGCUAAGCAUGGCCAACGCCGGGCCGAACACCAACGGCUCCCAGUUCUUCAUCACCACCGUCCCCACUCCACACUUAGACGGCAAGCAUGUCGUCUUUGGACAAGUGUUGAAAGGGUUGGGAAUCAUGAAGAUGCUGGAGGCCAUCGACACCAACGAGGACGUCCCUGUAAAGCCAUGCCUCAUAUCAGACUGUGGUGAGCACAAGGACGAGGACAGCUGGAGCACUGGACCGAGCGAUGGGACCGGAGACACCCACCCAGACUUCCCCGAGGACUCCGAUGUCGACUUUAAAGACGUUGACAAAGUUCUGUCUGUCGCUGAGGACGUGAAGAAUGCUGGAAACAGUCUGUUUAAGAAUCAAGACUGGAAAGCUGCAGUCAGCAAAUAUAGCAAAGCCCUCAGGUACUUGGAGGUGAGUGGAGAGCUGCUGGAGGAGGAGGCGCAGCAGAAGCUAGAGCCCGCGGCGCUCAGCUGCUUCCUCAACACGGCAGCAUGUCACCUGAAGAUGGAGCUGUGGCAGGACGCUCUGGACAGCUGCAACGAGGCUCUAGGGCUGAACCAAGCCAACACUAAGGCCCUGUUCCGGAGGGGCCAGGCCUGGCAGGGGUUAAAGGAGAACGGCAAAGCAUUGGUCGAUCUGAAGAAAGCUCAGGGAAUAGCUCCAGAAGACAAAGCGAUCAGCAACGAGAUGAAGAGGGUUCAGCUGAAGAUCCAGGAGGAGAAGGAGAAAGAAAAGAAAAUCUAUGCCAAAAUGUUUGCAUGAACGUCUGGCGCGGCGAUGCAAUGAUUCCUUGUUAGUACCGUUAAUGUCUGAAGUCAUCUCUACGUGUGCCGCUGUCGGCAGGUGAAAACGUACAGCAGGUCCUCAUGUGUUCAAGCGGGCACACCUCUCACUGUUUGUGUUGUUUUAAGGGAAUAACUGUCGUAAGCUUUGACCUGUCUUUAUUCUGACAAGCGCCUUCACUGUAAUGAAUAUUUUGAGUUAGUCUGAUGCAUGGCUAACUCCACUGCUCCUCACUCUGGGGCUUUGAAGUAGUUGAGCAAAGCAAAACGUUGUAUCGUUUCAUUGUAGGGAUUUUGAUACCGCAUACAGUACAUCUGUUUUUUUUUUUUUUACAGAAGUCAAUAAAACCAAAAGGAUAACCUUCAAGAGUUCUUUAUUCAUUAAUUAUUUUAUGUACAAUGUGUGGAUGAAAUGCUGUCCAAACAUCUGGAAUAAAUGCUGAUAUAAACCUG